AUGCCACCCCCACCAUGCCACCCCCCUUCCACCAUGCCUUCCUCACCAUGCCACCUCCACCAUGCCACCCUCACCAUGCCACCCCCUCCAUGCCACCCCCACCAUGCCACCCUCACCAUGCCACCCCCACCAUGCCACCAUGCCACCCCCACCAUGCCACCCCCCUGCCACCAUGCCACUUCCACCAUGCCACCCCCACCAUGCCACCAUGCCACCCCCCACCAUGCCACCCCCCUGCCACCAUGCCACCUCCACCAUGCCACCCCCCUGCCACCAUGCCACCUCCACCAUGCCAACCCCACCAUGCCACCCCCACCAUGCCACCAUGCCACCCCCACCAUGCCACCCCCUUCCACCAUGCCUUCCUCACCAUGCCACCUCCACCAUGCCACCCCUCACCAUGCCACCCCCUCCAUGCCACCCCCACCAUGCCACCCUCACCAUGCCACCCCCCACCAUGCCACCAUGCCACCCCCCACCAUGCCACCCCCUGCCACCAUGCCACCCCCACCAUGCCACCAUGCCACCCCCCUGCCACCAUGCCACCUCCACCAUGCCACCCCCACCAUGCCACCAUGCCACCCCCCACCAUGCCACCCCCUGCCACCAAGCCACCUCCACAAUGCCACCAUGCCAACCCCACCAUGCCACCAUGCCACCCCCCACCAUGCCACCCCCCUGCCACCAUGCCACCCCGCCACCUCCACCAUGCCACCCCCACCAUGCCACCCUCACCAUGCCACCCCCACCAUGCCACCAUGCCACCCCCACCAUGCCACCCCCCUGCCACCAUGCCACCAUGCCACCUCCACCAUGCCACCCCCACCAUGCCACCUCCAACAUGCCACCUCCACCAUGCCACCCCAACCAUGCCACCAUGCCACCUCCACCAUGCCACCCCACCAUGCCACCAUGCCACCUUCACCAUGCCACCAUGCCACCCCCACCAUGCCACCAUGCCACCUCCACCAUGCCACCCCCACCAUGCCACCUCCACCAUGCCACCCCCACCAUGCCACCCCCACCAUGCCACCUCCACCAUGCCACCCCCACCAUGCCACCUCCACCAUGCCACUCCUUUUCUUUACGGUGGGGGUGGCAUGGUGA